CUCCCAAACUCCCUCUUCUUCUCAUCUAUGUCGCUCGCCCUGAAUCCCCCAAAUAAAAUUUAGCUACUCUUUUUCUCUCAUUACUCUUUUUCUCUCGAUCCUUCGUUUCUUUUCACUAUCUAGAUAUAUCCGCCUCUCUUAUCUUCAAGUGCUACUACCAUGGCUACAAAGAAGAGUGCUGGGGACUUGAAGGAAGCUGGUUUGAAGGGAAAGAAAGUGUUUGUUAGAGUUGAUCUGAACGUUCCACUGGAUGAUAACUUCAACAUAACUGAUGACACCAAGAUCCGUGUUGCUGUUUCCACCAUCAAGUAUUUGAUGGGUCAUGGCUCUAAAGUCAUCCUCUCUAGUCAUUUGAUGAGUAACCAGAAGUACAAGGGCCAGCAGUUUUGGUCUCAACUGAAAGAGGAUCAACUAUCAGUCCAAUUGGUAUUUCUCUGUGUGUGUGUGUGUGUGUUUUCUUAUGAUUUAAGGGUUUUUUCUUCAUUGGAUUUAGUUGAAAAAUGGAAUAUAUGUUCAUUGCAGUACUUGGACUUAAGGUUUUAGAACUUUUAUUUGCAUGAAACUUUGACUUGCAGGUCUCUUUUUUUCUGUCUCUUACUUUGAAAAUUGCUCCAAAAUUUUACAUAUUAACUUGUUGAUUGUAAUUUGAUAAGAAGUAUAAUGGAAGGGUUUGUUAUCUUGGCUAUCAAAUUUCUCCAGUCCUUCAAUUCAAAUAUUGUCAGCCUUGCUUAUUGGCAUCUUCUUCAAUGUGUUUGAUAUUCUAGGUAGCAUUUAUGUGGUUGAUAAUCCUUAAUUCCCAUACAAGUUAUAAUGACUACUGAAGGGCAUCAACUCCUCAAUGAAUUAAAUAUUUUUUUAUUCUUUUUUGUCUUUCUUUUUAAUCUUCUCUUUGACAUGAUGUUUGAUAGCCUAGUUCAUUAUUCUUCUUACUAAUCUCUAAGAUUUCGCCCGGUAUUGAAGAAUUAGUCAAGAAGCUGAAGGCAAGGAAUACCGAUAUUUAUCUAAUUUCUGAGGGUUUCCGCCAAAUGAUCAAUGUAUGCAACUAUGCUACUAAAUGCUUGAAAGACCAUCUCUGUUUUACUUUAUUCUGUUAAGGCAUUCAUGUAGUUUCAUUUGCCCUUCUGAUAAAUGUAGAUCUGAAAUCACUUGCAAUAUUUUGAUGAAAUUGAAAAUGGAAACUUGAAUGUAGGAAACUGGAAAACACGAAAUGGCAAUCCUUACUUGACAUUAGAUAUUACACAUGCAGCAAAUGGUGACUUCUAAAAAACCAAUUAGAUAUAAAAUUAUGAAAGUGUGAUAUGGGUAAUGUUGUCAUCGAGAAGAGUCAUUAUCUGACAUGUAAGUUCGUUACUAUUGAGAGAGCCAUGUUAUUGUAUAUUAAUAUAAUCUUCCAAUGGUUAACCAUUGGCCAACUACUGCCAAAAAAUAGUUAAUUGAGAAGCAUUUUUGUAGCAUGUUGCAUCAAUCCUUGGAAUUCCGCAAGAAAACAUUUUUGCCAAUCAGCUGCUCUUUGGAAGUUCUAGGGAGUUUUUGGGAUUCGAUGUUAAUGAGCCCACUUCGAGGAGUGAAGGAAAAGUUACUGCUGU